CGCCUCCCCCUCCGGACUGCUCCGUGAAGCGGGAGCGGAGCUGGGCGCCUCGCAGCAAGCCGCCUGCAGAGAGUGGGGGAGUACAGCAGCUGGGCUCCCCCGGCGGCCGAGGCGCCCCAUCCCCCGCGUGGCGGCAGCGCACGGACUAAAACCCGCCGCGGCCAGCUCCGCAGCCACGCACCCAGCCCUUUGCACAAGCCUCCCCACGAAGGAGGCGACUCGCGAAGGGAGGAGCCUCCACCGGCCAAUGGCGGAGAAGCCGGAGUCCCCAGCUAGCUGCUCCCGCCGCCUCUCCGAGUGCGAGAGGCACAGAGAAGAGCAGCAUCCAGCUCUCUAGAGCGAGAGGCGGCGGGCUCUGGCUGGCCCACGCUCCACCGCGGCACCCCACAGCCUCUGCGCCCCGCCGCCUGCAGCGCAGCCCCUCACCUCUCGGCCGGCAGCGGCUGCUACUAAAAGCUUUGCUUGGCUCCUUCGUCUCCUGGGCGCUUGGGUCGUGCCGGCUGCUGCCUAGAGUCACCUCCAGCUCCCCCUGGUUGGGGGAGGAGGGGAAGCUCCAGGGGCUGUACCGCCUGCCUCCUCCUGGUGCUUCGGUUCGGGCUUUGCAGACCGGACUGAGCGGCCCCUGAUUGGGAGGGCAGCGGAAAGAGAGAGGGAAAGACUGGCAGCGGCCACUCGUCCCGUCCCAGGAGGAGCUGCAUGCAGCAGGUCUAGGGGAAGUGGAAGCAGCACCGGCAUGUUUCUGGAGUGCACCUGGAGACUAUACUGUCUAUAAAGCUUGCUGAAGAUAGUCAUAUGUGCUGCAAUGGUGACAUAAAUUAUUAAGCAGGACUGGAACAAGUUCUUGAAAAGUUGUUUUUUUUUAAUGCUGCUGCUUUUGGAAGCAAUCUAAGGCAAGUAUACAACAUGAGUUUUAUCAUGAAACUUCACAGACAUUUUCAAAGAACAGUUAUCUUGCUUGCCACUUUUUGUAUGGUGAGCAUUGUUAUUUCUGCUUACUAUUUGUAUAAUGGCUACAAACAGGAAAAUGAACUUUCUGAGAUCUCUUCAGAAUUGGAAUGUGGUGAUCUUCAGCUGUUGCCAUACAAGUUAGUGGAGCUGAAGACAGUGAAGCCCAUUGAUCCCAUGAGGACUGAUCCUGUAGUGCUGGUGUUUGUGGAAAGCCAGUACUCAACACUCGGUCAAGAUAUAAUAACAAUUCUAGAAUCCAGCAGAUUUCAGUAUCACAUAGAGAUUGCUCCUGGGAAAGGUGACCUUCCAGUGCUUAUAGACAAAAAUAAAGGCAAAUAUGUUCUCAUUGUAUAUGAAAAUAUUUUAAAGUAUGUGAAUAUGGACUCAUGGAACAAAGGCCUUCUAGAUAAAUACUGUAUUGAAUAUGGUGUGGGUGUCAUUGGAUUCCAUAAAGGCAGCGAGAACAGCUUGCAGAGCAUUCAGUUUAAGGGCUUUCCUUUCCAUGUUCAUGGCAAUCUGGGUGUUAAGGACUGUUGUGUUAACCCUCAUUCCCCAUUGCUUCAUGUAACUAAAUCCUCUAAGCUUGAUAAAGGUCCCUUGCCUGGAAAUGACUGGACUGUUUUCCAGAUUAAUCAUUCCACCUAUCAGCCAGUGAUAUUUGCAAAAAUAAAGACUACAGAAAACCUCCCACUACCCAUCACUAAAAAUGCUCUCCAUGCCACAGUAGUUCAUGACCUGGGGCUUCAUGAUGGGAUUCAGAGAGUCCUCUUCGGCAACAACUUGAACUUUUGGCUGCACAAGCUGAUCUUUAUAGAUGCCGUCUCUUUCCUGUCUGGGAAAAAGCUCACAUUGUCCUUGGAUAGGUACAUUCUUGUUGACAUAGAUGACAUCUUUGUUGGGAAGGAAGGAACAAGGAUGAAUGUCAAUGAUGUGCAGGCCCUGCUUGAUACGCAGAAUCUUUUGAGAGCUCAGAUUACAAAUUUUACUUUCAACCUGGGAUUUUCAGGGAAAUUUUACCACACAGGAACUGAAGAGGAGGAUGAAGGUGAUGACCUGUUGUUGGGGUCUGUGGAUGAGUUCUGGUGGUUUCCCCAUAUGUGGAGUCACAUGCAGCCUCAUCUCUUCCAUAAUGAAUCAUCACUGGUAGAGCAGAUGAUUCUCAACAAAAAAUUUGCCUUAGAACAUGGCAUUCCAACUGACAUGGGCUAUGCGGUAGCUCCACACCACUCCGGGGUUUACCCUGUACAUGUUCAGCUUUAUGAGGCCUGGAAAAAGAUCUGGAAUAUCAAAAUCACCAGCACAGAAGAGUAUCCACAUCUAAAACCUGCACGGUACAGACGGGGCUUCAUCCACAAAAAUAUCAUGGUCCUUCCUAGGCAAACCUGUGGUCUAUUCACUCAUACAAUUUUCUAUAAGGAGUAUCCUGGGGGUCCAAAAGAACUAGACAAGAGUAUCCAGGGAGGGGAGUUGUUUUUCACAGUUGUUCUCAAUCCAAUCAGCAUCUUCAUGACCCAUUUGUCCAACUAUGGGAAUGAUCGCCUGGGGUUGUAUACCUUUGUGAAUCUCGCCAACUUUGUUCAGAGCUGGACCAACCUGAAACUGCAAACUCUGCCUCCAGUCCAGCUGGCUCGCAAGUACUUUGAGCUCUUUCCUGAACAGAAGGACCCUCUCUGGCAGAAUCCCUGUGAUGACAAGCGGCACAGAGAUAUCUGGUCUAAAGAAAAAACCUGUGAUCGAUUACCAAAAUUCCUGGUUAUAGGACCCCAGAAAACUGGUACCACAGCUUUGUAUUUGUUCCUGAUUAUGCAUCCUUCCAUCAUUAGUAACUCCCCCAGCCCAAAAACCUUUGAGGAGGUACAGUUCUUUAAUAGAAAUAACUACCACAGGGGGAUUGAUUGGUAUAUGGAUUUCUUCCCUGUACCAUCCAAUGUCAGCACUGACUUUCUCUUUGAAAAAAGUGCCAACUACUUCCAUUCUGAGGAAGCUCCCAAACGAGCAGCUUCCCUGAUCCCUAAGGCCAAGAUCAUCACCAUUCUCAUCGACCCAUCAGAUCGGGCAUACUCCUGGUAUCAGCAUCAGCGAUCUCAUGAAGACCCUGCAGCUCUAAAAUUUAGCUUCUAUCAGGUGAUCACAGCUGGACCUCGAGCCCCAUCAGACCUUAGAGCUCUACAGAAGAGAUGUCUAGUACCUGGAUGGUAUGCCACCCAUAUAGAAAGAUGGCUAACUUAUUUUCCAACUUAUCAGUUGCUAAUUAUUGAUGGACAGCAGCUGAGAAGUGACCCAGCUACCGUGAUGGAUGAAGUGCAGAAGUUUCUGGGAGUUUCUCCUCAUUAUAAUUACUCUGAAGCCCUAACGUUCGAUUCACAUAAAGGUUUCUGGUGUCAACUCCUGGAAGAAGGAAAAACCAAGUGUCUUGGAAAGAGCAAAGGCAGAAAAUACCCUCCUAUGGAUUCAGAGUGUAGGGCUUUUCUGUCAAGCUACUACAGAGAUCACAAUGUGGAACUGUCAAAACUCCUGCACAAAUUGGGACAACCCCUGCCAUCAUGGCUGAGACAGGAACUACAGAAAGUGAGAUAGCAUUGAGAGGAAGCUUCUUGAAAUCUCUCUUCCACACUUCAGUCAUCUUACCUAAAGCCUUCAAUAGCUACCAGAAGGCAGGUGUAAAAUAUACCUCUUCAAAAGAGAAUAAAAGAAUGAAGUUAUUUCCAUAUGCUGGCAUGUGGAUGGUGAAAAUGUUUGUGUCUCUUAGAACUCUGGAGGCCUGCAGGCUUUCUCUUUUCUGGGCCUGUGGAAUUGUUGUAAACUACUGUGCGCACGUGUGGAAGUCAAUAGCAACUGGUAUAAGCUUUAAAAGCAAAGCUACACAACUGUCCAAUUUCAUAGUAAAUAUUUACACUUUUAUAUUCGAACUUAGGAGUGUUGUGUCUCAUGUAAGUUUUGUAGCCCAUUGUUUGCCUGCUCAUGGUUUUUCAUACUUUUUGAUUAUUAUGAUGUGUCUUAUACAAAACAAAAAACAAAACUAAGAAAACCCUGUAUAACAUACAAUGGCCAAAUCUCCUGCCUUUGGAAUCUGCUUACCAAAUUUUGAACUUAAAAUAAAU